AGUAUUUCCAGCCCUGUUUACGUAAUGACGUAUGUCGUUGCGUUUCCGGUUAGCCGAAAAUGGCGGAAUACCUGGCAUCCAUUUUCGGCACAGAAAAAGACAAGGUCAAUUGUUCCUUUUAUUUUAAAAUUGGGGCAUGUCGACAUGGCGAUCGCUGCUCAAGAUUGCACAACAAACCAACCUUCAGUCAGACCAUCUUGAUUCAAAACAUCUAUCGUAAUCCUCAAAACAGCGCACAAACUGCCGAUGCUUCUCGCUGCGCUGUCAGUGAUGUGGAAAUGCAGGAACACUAUGAUGAGUUCUUCGAGGAAGUGUUCACAGAAAUGGAGGAAAAGUAUGGUGAAGUGGAGGAGAUGAACGUGUGUGAUAACUUAGGUGAUCACCUUGUUGGCAACGUCUAUGUCAAGUUUCGCCGUGAAGAAGACGCAGAGAAGGCAGUUAUGGACCUCAAUAAUCGCUGGUUCAAUGCUCAGCCUAUCCAUGCAGAGCUUUCCCCCGUCACUGACUUCAGGGAAGCCUGCUGCCGUCAGUAUGAAAUGGGAGAGUGCACCCGUGGCGGUUUCUGCAACUUCAUGCAUUUGAAACCUAUAUCGAGAGAACUUCGUAGAGAAUUGUAUGGUCGGCGCAGGAAAAGACAUCGCUCUCGCUCACGUUCUCGAGAACGGCGCUCCCGCUCCAGGGAUCGACGACGGGAUCGUGAAAGGAGGAGGUCGAGAGAAAGGGAACGAUCUGGAAGAUUCUGAAGGAGUCCAGUCAGUGCUACCCACGGUUCUGUCUCUUAAUACCAUUAGAAAUGAGUUAUUUUUUGUGGUCAAAGUGAUUAUGAAGUGUUUUUUUCUUUUAUUCCCUUUUUUAAGAUGAACAUGUGUUGCUUUCUCAAUAAAACAGAUUUCUAACUCUG